AUGUCACAGUCGGCGCCUCAGCAAGGGGGUCCGACGGAUAAAGAGAGAAAAUACGAUAGGCAGCUUCGUUUGUGGGCUGCAUCGGGUCAGGCCGCUCUCGAGUCAUCCAACAUCCUCCUUGUCAACUCUGGCUCGGGUACCGUUGGCGUCGAAACGCUCAAGAACCUUGUCCUGCCAGGUAUUGGCCAAUUCGCUAUCGCAGACGAUGCCGCCGUACAAGACGCCGAUCUAGGCGUCAACUUCUUCUUAGACGAGUCAAGUCGUGGCAGGCCACGCGCCCAGUGUACCACUGAAUAUCUUCUGGAGCUCAAUCCCGAAGUCGCAGGGGCAUGGUAUCCCAAGUCGCCUGGCACGUUGGACCUCGGAGCGGUCCUUACCAACUCGAACUCGACUCCAUAUACAAUUAUCCUGUACACCCUACCCUUGCCGGUCGAGUCAAUACAGCUGAUAGAAGAAUACGGUCGCCUGCAUAGCAUUCCCUUGGUGGCCAUUCGCUCCGUGGGCUUCUACGGUUACUUUCGUGUUACCUUUCCUGGUGUCUUCCCCAUUGUAGACACUCAUCCUGACGAGACGUCAACAGCCGAUCUCCGACUACUUACUCCAUGGCCAGAGCUGUCGCAAUUUGCGCAAGAAUUGACAACGGCUAUCGACAGCUUGGACAACCACGUCCAUGGGCAUCUGCCUCUUGUGGCCAUUUUGCUGCACUACCUAGAGAUUUGGAAGCAAAGUCACAAUGGCGCGCUUCCUACGGCCUACUCUGACAAGAUCGCCUUCCGAAAUCUUGUGGCAGACGGCACACGAAGGGACAAUCCAGAGGGGGGUGAGGAGAACUUUGAAGAGGCGGUCGGUGCUGUUAUGAAGCACGUUACCGCGCAAUCUCUCCCUAGCUCUCUACGCCAAAUUUUUGAAUACGACAGCAGCAAAAGGAGCAAAUCCUCUUUUUGGAUUAUCGCAGAAGCCGUGUCGAACUUCUAUCAAAGACAUGGCCAACUGCCUUUGACUGGUGGACUGCCUGAUAUGAAGGCACAGUCGAGCGUCUACAUUCAACUCCAAAGUAUAUACAAGAGCAAAGCUCGCCAAGAUGCCAGCGAAGUUCUGAGUAUUGCUCAGAGCCUCGCCAGCGAUUGUGUAAUAGACCCCGCUGAGGUUGAGCAGUUUUGCAAAAACGCACGGUUCAUCAAACUCAUAAAUACUGCUCAAAGUGCUCCAAACAUGGGAGAUAUUGUCGCGAAUGAACUCAGCCUGGACGAAAUCGCCGCUUUGGCUGGCCCCGAAAUGCAGCCGUCCUUGAUAUCCAUCUAUCUCGCGCUUAGUCUCACUCCAAACUUAUCUGCGCCUUCUGCGGAGGAGAUGCAAGACGCCAUCUACGCGCACGCACCCACACUACGCGGCCAUGAGAGAACUAUGCAAGUCGCUGAAGAAGUAGCACGUGCUGCAGGAGGCGAAUUGCACAACAUUUCAGCUGCCCUUGGAGGUAUGGUGGCCCAGGAGGUGAUCAAGGUUGUAACCAAACAAUACAUCCCGGUAGAUAAUACCUGUAUUUUUGACGGUAUUGAAAGCCGCUGCCAGGUACUGCGAACAUAG